AAGCUUUCACGAUGAAACCACACUGAAAGAUCAUAUCAUGGCGUCAGCGCCAGUACCAAAACCCGUCAAGGAACCUUUUCCCAUCUCCCUCGUCGCAGGACAUUACCUCCUCUUCGAUGUGGACGUCAUUGCGCACUGCCGUCGCACGCACAACAUCUGCGGGCUUCUGGUCGGCACGAUCCCGAACCUCAGUCAACAGAACGUUUUUCUGGGCGUACCGCUUGAACUUAUGCCGGAAGAAGCUAGGGUUCUCGUCGAUAAGGGCGCUGCGUAUAUCGUGGAUGAUGCGCAGGUUCAUCAGAAGAGCUUUGCGGAGAUGAGCAGAGAGGAGAGGCUGCAGUACAUGCAGGAGAUGGACAGGAGAGGAGAGGAGGUGACGGAGGAGCAAAUCAAGUUGGCGGAGAUGAGGAAGGAGAGAGCGUUGAGGGAGAAGGGGCUGAAGACAGAAAGUAGCAUUGCUGCGAGCACAACUUCAGAAGAGACAUUGCACAUGCAUGACUCUAGUCUCGCAAGUUCCGGUCUUGGAUUCAUCAUGAAGGGUUCGAGCUUCUCAGACUGGGCGCCGGUACAGACAGCCACUGUCGAUGCCAGCCCAGUGCGCUCUGAGAGUACGGGCUUCGACCUGGGAUCCAUCAUGAAGGGUUCGAGCUUUUCAGAACCUUGGGUGCAGAUCAAGCCACCGAAGAUUGACUCCUCUGCUGAUGAGGUUUCACUCUUCGAGUCGGCACCAGCAUCGUCUCCUCCCGAACCCUCUACCAAACAGUCCGCCAAGGACGCGCCGAAAGGCGUCGCUGCACAAAAGCACUUUGUCACUCCUACAACCUCAUACCCACCGCUGCCCACACCUGCCAAGGACCCAGCCGUUCCACCUCCAGCUGUACCGGACAGCUACCCUCUGUUCCGCUACUUGCACUCCAAGGGCUACUAUCACAUGCCGGGCCUUCGCUUCGGCUGCCACUACAAUGUCUACCCUGGCGACCCCCUUCGGUAUCACAGUCACUUUGCUGCGACAGGUUUGGGCUGGGACCAAAAAUUCGACUUGCUCGAUGUCGUGGGUGGGGGCCGUCUGGGUACAGGAACCAAGAAGGCAUACAUGAUCGGUGGUGAAGACCCCGAGAUUGUUGAUGACGAGCAGGAGUCUCUGAGGGCGUUUUCCAUUGAGUGGGCGGCCAUUUGAGUACUGCGAGUAUAUACUAUGAAUUUACGAUACAAUGCCAAAUAGAAAAAAUAACAUUUCA